AUGGUUGGCCGCCCACGAAAGUAUCCGAAUCGAGCUGCAGCGCUUGCGGCCCGGCGCCAGCGGUAUUCCCAGCGACGGCAGGCGAAUACGAUCUCCCAGGCGGAGCUAAUCCCGUAUGACGCUACCAGGCAGCCGCUCCAGCAGCCGCUACAGCAGAUUACCUACUUCCAACAUACCUCGCUCCUACCGUUAGAGGCGAAUACAAGUGAGACUACGCCGCUUACCUCGACUGUCCCGGAUACAUUUACCGCGCUUCGGGCCGAGAUCGACCACGAGCGAUUCGGAGUAAGCGACGGGAACCACUUCGAUCUCGACGCGACAGCGGGCGAGUGGAUGGUCGGUACCGACGAGGUUUCAGAGGAAUUGAUCCCCCCCCAGGCCGAGAACACCCCUGCGCCAGGUCCCGAGCAGCCCUAUACGGUACAGUCGACAGAGGGUCAAGUAGUAUCACCUCAGGUCCAGCAACUCGCCUGUAGAAUCGCGCAACAGCUCCUCCGGCACCACGGGUGCCCGGCUAACGGCCAUAUAGAGCCGGAGGCGACCGUGGCGUCGGGACAGCGGAUCAUCAGCCUCCGGGAGGCGACCCAGCAGACUGUCGUACCAAGUGUACUAGAUAACCCGACCUUCCAGCAACAUCCUGCCCCCUGGGCCGAUGAAUUCGCGCCGAUGGUCCGUCGGCAGCUGCUCUGCGGCCUAGGUCCUAAUGCGACAGCGUCCCCAGGUAGCCCGGGGCCACCGGCGGUAGAUCCAGGCCUCGCGAACGCAGCGGUGCCUCGAACGCUACCAGUGUCGUUUGACAUCGACAGUAGUGGUGGGUGGGCGACGAGCCUCGCCGUCGCGCGACAGGGACUCUAUUGGCUAGCGACCCGACCAGCUACAAGCACCCUCACCAGCUCCCUCCACCUCGACCCGCUCCUCGUCGAGUGGACUGAUACCGAUACCCAGCGGCUACACCACCGGCACGUCCCCGUACACCACGUCCCACACCUCCCACUCGGGCGGCUACGCGGCUUUGAGGCUAUGGAGAUCUUUAUCAUCUUUCCUCGGCUCUACCAGCCAUCCCGGAAGGCCUUCGUAUUAACCAACGAGGAGUACUCGGAGUGGAUGGAUCAUAUCAUGCUCCCAGCUCUAGUCCAGACGCUACCCCAAGAGACCAUCAGCCGGCUACCGGGGAGUGGGGAGGAGGCGAUUAAACGGGGAACAGCAGCCGUAACUGAGGGUACCACAGCCUCGGCUUACCAGCAAGCGCGGAUCCAGCUCCUAACGCACUUUAUCGGCCCUACGGCUCUCGGUGCCGUAUGGACGGCGAUCCAGGAUCGCCUCUCCCCUAUGGCUCACACGGCCAACGAGUACGGCCAGGCGAGGCUGCUCCUCACGUCAAAGAACCUCAAGGGCGAGACGCGGCGGGAUACCUGGUCACAGAUGGUCCAGGGGUGGGGGAAUAUAUGGCGUGGUGCGGUAGAUGAUCGGUUUAUAACAGGCUCCUUUUUCGACGUGGCAAAGGAGGUAAGCCUUCCCAAUCAGAUCCUGGGCCAGGAAGCGACCGGAUCACAGCAUGCCUUAGAGCUCACAUGGCGCCGCUGUUGCCUCAGUCAGUUCGAGGAAUGGCUGGUACAGACCGAGAUGACGCUUCAGAACCAGACCGAGCUAGCAACCAUACCUUCUCUAUCGCCCUCUCUAUCGCCUACCGAGCCAGUUUCCCCUACGCAGAGUCCCACGCAGAGUCCUAUACACAGUUCCACGCCAUCUCCAGCUCCGACUCAGUCGACUACGCCGUCACCGAAGCCGGUACGGUCACAGUUCUGGCCCUGGGCGCUCCUCCGAGAUACCGGGAGCCUAACCGUGGAGACGAAACGCCGAUCGACCCUCCGGCAGGCCGGCCUCCUAUACGUACAACUAUACAAUACCUCCAAAGAGAUCUUCGCGGUAGGAAAGCAGUACCCGUUUGGGAAUGAGGCGCUGGAUACUCUCGCACUCCCGGCAGCGCUCGUCCAGGUAUUACAGCAUACGGGCGGAGGCCGUGCCCACUCCCGUGCCACGUUACUCCGUGGGUACCUCCAUACCAAGGCGCGGUGUCACCUGGCUCUACAGGGGGCCCGGGGCCGAUCGUACGGAACCCGCGAGGAGUACCGGGUAACGGCGACGCUGCUAUCCGCGCUUAACGGGGAGAUGGAGGCACAGGGAGGAAACGGGGUGCUCCACGUCCCCCCGAGGGAUGUUGCACUACCGCCGUUCUACUGCCAUACGACCGACGACGCAGUCCAAUGGCUCAGAUGGAAUCUUAACCGUCUCUGCCUCGCAGUAGAGCUCGUCUACAGUAUUAGUCCGGCAAGACAGCUCCACUGGGAACAUUCGAGGGUGGCGAUGGCCUUUCUCCGUGCACUACACUACGGGCUAGGGGGACAAGGGGCCUCCCCCUCCCACUGCCGGGAGCUCUGGAUCAGUGAGCGGACCCAGCCGCCGGGGGAGGGCGAGGAUACCGGCACGAUCAUCGAGGGCCUCGGCUGGGGGGAGACUAUGCAGCGGUAUGGGUUCGCCUGGUUCCUAGAUAAGUUUGACUGGGGACCGAUGCUGUUCCGGGAGCCGUACCGGGCUAGGCUCGCUAUCCGGCUGCCCUCGCUCCUAGGAAGUUAUCUCCCGCGCUACGGGGCAGUACGGCAGCUGCUUGACGACUGGGUGUUCCUCCACGACGUAUUCCGCCAGCUGGAGGCCUGUCGGGGGCACCGCCCCCGGGCGCGGAAGAUCCUCGUCCUCCUGGCCGAUCUCUGCCUUAUGGCGUUUCGACGAGAGGUCUUCCAGCGGCUGUCGAGCGUCGGGCGUCUCCGGGGGCCUCGUGCCGCCGCGGCGCUCGAGGGCCGCCAGCCGCUAACUAUGGAGGCGCUCUGUGACGUCCUACCGGGCGGGCGGCUGGCCGACCAUACAUACCCGCUAGGCGCCAGGGGGAUCCAGAUUAAGCACAUCGAUACUAUGUUCGCGUUCCUCUGGGGGUGGGACGGUGACGGGAGGCAGGGAGAGCUCGUCCAGCGACAGCAUUGGGCGUCCAAGCCGUACCGCGAGCUGUUUCGUCGGAGCUUCGACGCGAUCGCAGCGACGUACUCCCACGAGACGGCACAGGAGUGGCGGGGGCUAGUUCACGCCACCUUUGUCCGUACCCACUGGGUACUGCCGAACCCAAGCCAACGCGAAUUCUGGCCUAAGGGGAGAGGGGGCCGGCUCCCGCUAUGGUGCAGCACCCACCCGAGCCUCGUCCAGUACGUAUGCCGGGAGAUGGCGGGGCAGCUCCACCACGAACCGGUAGUAUUCCGCUGGACGCCGACAGACCUACCGACGUUACCUCGCACGGGGUGGGAGAGGAGCACAGAGGCCUUUGGGACGACAUUACCAGUCGGCUGCCGGGUCGAGGUAGUCCUGCCCUCGCUACCGACCGACAACAUUGAGGACUGGGUAUACGAGGACACUUCGGCCACGACGGCCGAUAGGGGACCGCUGAUACCGCCGCUAGAUGAGGAGGGGGACAUUGCACGCUGGAUCUGGGCGCGGUACCCGCCGCGGUACGCGCUGCGGAAGCUGACCCAGCAGGCGAGGUGGAGCCCAGAGAACCUGAUCAGGCAGCCGUGGCUAGUAACGAGCUACAGCGACGACAUCUUUACCCGGAUUCGGGCGGUAGACCAAGCCCGCUGCGAGGCCGUCGGGCUGCAAAAGUUCCCGAGGUUGAAGCAAGUAGACGCCGAGGAGCUAGACGAGCUUGCGGAUCCAAACUCGAUCCGAAGGGAAGAACAGCGCGCUAUCGAGCAGUCUGCCCGGCACCGCGAACUGGCGGCGAGAGCAAAGACGGCGCUCCGGAAGGUCUGGAAGUAUGAUACGCAAAUGAAGGAUAUAAAGAAAGAAUAA